GCCGGGUCAGCCCUGGCCUGUCCUGUCCUGCAGCAUGCCUUGUGCUUUUCCUACUUCCCCGGCGGCGCAGAACCAAGCUUGCGGGGUAGCAGGCGAGACUUUUUCAAGACAAGAUUCAGGCGGGCGCGUACAACAUGAGAGAUCAGAGACAGCAGAGUAGAGGCGCAUACAUAUGACCAGACACAAGACACACAAAACGGGCGGCGUGCGGCGAGCGCUGGUCUGGCCGGCUGCUUUACUUCUAACACUUUGCUCGCACACAAACACACCGCGCACGCCAGCACACACACGACAGUUUGCGGCGCAGCAGCCUUGUCUGACGACGGAGCAGGGAAACACAUCCUCCCGCACGCCGCCCGCGCCCAGCCUUGCCACGCCUGCCUGCCCAGGGAGCAGAGGCCACAGGCGGUGUGCCGCGCCGUUUUUUUCCUUCUGCCUUCUUCUUCCUAUCUUUUUUACCGAGGAAGCGAGAUUGCAGAUGCAGGGGUGCGAGGUUGCUGCGCGGGCCGUGGGUUUGGCGCGAGCGCUGGGCGGUGAGGGGGCGGUGGGAGGAGCACGAGAAUGAGGCGCGUAGGGCUCGCUCGGCAGCGUGAUGGUGCGGCGGUGGUGGUGCUGGUGGUGCUGGUGGUGCUGGCCUCACGGUUGGUGGCGGUGGCGGACGGCGGCGCCGCCGUCGUGUGUGUGUGCUGUCUGUCUAUAAUUAUUGUUGAUAUUAUCGUAGCAGUCGUUGUCAACAACAAGUGA